AGUAACAUGGCGCUGUGAGUGUGGCUGAAAUCCGCGAGAAUCGACCCGAACAACACCGGAGAUGUUUGCUCUUCGCCGCCGGUGAGGGAGGAUCGUCCGGAGGCGAGUGUCGCUGGUGUGUACGCGGCUCCUCACAGUCUCCAGGGUGCCGGUCCCGCUCGGCGGACAUUGGGAUUCGAUACCGCGAGACCUGAGACCAGCUUCCCGGGUUCAGUGCGCCGCCUUUCCGCCUCCGCCACCGGGGCAGAGAGCCCCGCACACAGGCAGGCAGCUGAGCCGGAUGAGAAGGAACCUGCUCUACACAUGAGGAGGCACCAGAGCAAGCAGCGACAGCACGAAAACCCCAGAGCUGAUGGAGUCCACUGACCCUGGACCAGGGCAAGAGAAGCCAUCAGCCGAGAAUCCGGAAUUAACCCCCAGCUCAAGAGGAAGGCAACGGAAGAAAAACUCCAAAUACGCUGAUUUUGAAACUGAUGGUAAGUCCACUGAGACAAAAUCACCUAGAAAGCGCUCGGGGGGGAGAAGUUCACCUUCGAAAAUUAGUCCGCCAAAGAGUGAAGAUGUGACACAACCUGCUGAGGAUAAAGAAAAAGAAGCAACAGACAAAGCAGCUCAGGAGUCUGAUGGAAUAACCUCAGAGGAAACUCCGAAAAAGGCAGCGAGAGCCAAGAGGACCCCGUCAAAAAAGAGUCCAGCUAAACCGACCCUCGCUAAAAAGACUCCCUCGAAAAAGACUCCUGCGAAAAAGACUCCAGAUAAAAAGACUCCUGCAAAACCGACUCCCGCUAAAAAGACUCCCGCUAAAAAGACUCCUGCAAAACCGACUCCAGCUAAAAAGACUCCAGCUAAAAAGACUCCUGCUAAAAAGACUCCUGCUAAAAAGACUCCUGCCAAAAAGACAGCUGGAGAGGACGGAGCUGUGCAGCAGGAAAAUGGGACGCCACAGCCAAAGAGGAAGUAUCAGAAAAAGCAGCCUGCACAGGAAACACUGGUGGCAGACGCACCAGCUGAGGAGGCUCAGGGAGAAGAUGCUGUUCCAGUUGAGGAGACGUUCGGACCUGGCGGCCGCCGCAGGAGAGGUGCAGCUACAGCAGCCUUGAAGUACCUCCACAUUCUGGCAAAAGAGGUGUUUGGUAAUCCCAAUGAUGAUUCCCAGCCUGGUGCCAAGAGUAAAGUCAACAAAGAGGCGAAAGGUCCCAAAGGAAGCAAAGCGCGUCAAGGUAAGAAAAGGAAACGUGCUUCUAGCAGCGACGACGAUGAUGAUGACUUUGUGCCCGGUGCUGAAGAACUCGAGGGUGAGGAGAUGGAAGAGGAAGAAGAAGAGGAAGUAGGGGAGUCAGAUUCGGACUUAGACUUCGGAGGACGUCCAACAGGUUUUCACAACAGGAACAAUCAGGUUUACUCUAAUGCCAGGACCAACAACGGGCUCACCUUAAGAGUCAUGGCAACUGUUUGGAGCAGCUUUGAGACGACCAAGAAAUUCCGCGAGGAUCACUACAGCAGCUGGGUGUUCCCAGAGUGGGUUCCCUCCACCAGCAACUGGCACCUUGUAUCUCAGAGUGAUGUGGAGAAGUACCUGCCUCAGGAGCUCCGUUCAGCUGCUUUCAAAGUGUCCAGAGACGGCCUCAGGAAGGAGGAGGCGUCUUUUCAAAGUCUCAACAGGUUUGAGGCGGUGCCUGCUCACAGAGAACGCUGGGACAUGCUGCUGUAUGCAGGGGGCCCCGUCUGGGCCAUGGAGUGGUGCCCGACCCCGGAUGGAGCUCCGGCCACACAGUACCUCGCGGUGGCCUGCCAUCGUGGCAUGGACGACCAGCACUACGUCAACAAGACGUGCACGGGACCUGGACUCAUUCAGCUGUGGGACGUGGGCAUGAUGGAGUACAACAGCAGCCCGGACUCUCAGCCGGCCCUGGCUUACGGCUUAGCUCAGGACAAGGGCUUCAUCUGGGAUCUGAAGUGGUGUCCUGCUGGAGGCUGGGAGCUCCCCAGCUGUGGGAGAAAGGCUCCGUUCCUGCCCAGACUCGGUCUUCUAGCUGCUGCCUCCUCGUCCGGCGUGGUCACCAUCUACAGCCUCCCCCACCCGGCAGCUCUGCGUUCCAACAAGAAGCUCCCUGACUCUGGAAAUGCAAACCAGCAGCUGCCUAUAUACCAGGCGGACGCCGUGUUGACGCUGAAACUCGGCUCCCUCAAAGCCCCCCGCCUUGAGCACAGUGGACAGGUCCUGUCCAUGGACUGGCUGCCGGAGAAACCACACAAUAUAAUAGCUAUUGGAUUCUACGACGGUGUCGUCGGCCUUUGGGAUCUGUCCACUAAGUCUUCGUUGCUGCAGAUGCGAGAGUCGGACGGCUCUCUGACUCUGCUUCCCUUUCGAUGUUUACUGGCCCACGACCACGCUGUCCGGGCGCUGGCCUUCUGUCCCGCCUCCAGGAACCUGUUGGUGACCGCAGGAGAAGAUCGCUUCAUCAAGACGUGGGACCUGAAGAAGCUCGAUCACCCAGUCACUGUUCAGAAACGCUAUCUGACCAAUGAGAUCCAGUGGCCCCUGAAUGCCCCGGGCUACCUGUUAGCCCAGGAUGCUGCCUACGUAGCGAAGGGUUCCCACGGAGUCCACUUCUUUGACCACUACAUGCAGAGUGUCUACGCAGUUCCUCGGACCGGCAGCGUGUGGUCCAUCUCUUACACUGAUUGGUUGAACAGCGUGGUGACAGCGGACAGCCUCGGCGAGUUGAUCUUCUCCAUUUUGCCUCAGAUAACCUACAACUCCCCGUACAUCAAACGCACCAUAGAGAGACGAUUUCCCAUAUACACAACGUCUCAGGUUCCUCACGCUACAACUGAGGAAGAAACCCCCGAGAUGGGAGGAGCAGCGGAGGAGGAGAAGGAGGAGGAGGAGAAGGAGGGAGCAGAGGUGGGAGAACAAGAUCCUGGAUUCGAAGCAGGGGAUGAGAGUGUUAGUGAAAACGGAAGAGAAGGACGAAGAGGUCGAAACAAGACAAGUGCCCCUCUGCCGUUCCAGACGUACAAAGAGGCUGUGAAGAGAUUCUGCCUCCACCACUCAGACGGCAACAUGCUCAGCUUUGGAGGAUGCGAGAAGCAAACGACCUGGAAACACAUGAAAGACACAGAACUGAAGUCGGAGAUGAACCUGGACGAGAUGCAACUGGGCGCGCUGCACAAGGUGCGUUUCAACCCCAACAUGAGCUGCCACAUCUGGGUGGCGUCGGGAGGCCAGACGGGGCUGGUCCGCCUGAACUGCAUCCGGAGCAUGAUCAGCCCCAAGAUCAAGGACAUGAUCCUGGGGAACCAGAACCAGUUCAACGCACUGUACUCGCCCACAGAGCAGCCGGGGCCCGUCCACACUGAGACGGAGCAGCUAUAGCAGGAGCCGAGCUGCAGGAUCAGAAGGUGGAUCUCACUGUUACACGGCUGUUUGGCUGCAAAACGAGCAAACCUGCAAAAAACUGAGUCAUUAGCACCAAUGCACAUUUACUGUUUAUCAUAUUUGAAAUGGCUUGAAAUGAUCGACCGCAGCAUUUUUUAAUUCAAGCAGAAGGAUUUAAACCAUCAGCCAGUUGAAAGUCAAACUGUCAUGAAACUCUUCCCGUGGGAAUUCUGCCUGAAAGUGUUCGAGGUUCACGUGGAGUCGAGGAAGCUUCAUCUUCCUCAGGCCGAGCCGAGCUUCACUUCACACCAAACGUCUCACAGACUUAUUGUUUUAGUCUUUUCACUCUUUGGGCAGUUAGAGCAGUUGGCAGUGCCUCGUUUAAAACCCUCAUUUAUCAUUGAUCCCUAGUGGAUCAGGUUCGGUUUCUGUUCGCUCCACUUUCUCUGUGUUUGGCCGCGGUGGAAUCAGGAUCCUGCUCGUCUUCAUCAUCUCCUCUCACUGUCGUGAAGUCAAACCUCAGGAGCAGUGGUCAGCACCUGCAGCCGUUUGCUCCAGGGAGACAAAUCCAUCAGUGACAACACACACGUUUAAAAUGGUUUUGCUUGGAGGAUCAUAUCGACUUCAAGGAUUCAGUUCAACCUCCUGAUUUUCUCCUGAACGUGGCUGUUGUUCUACUUCUACUUUUGAUCUGUGGAAAAUAAGCCAGGUUGGAAGUUUGGUUCUUUAUCAAAAACAACAGUCCACUUCAAUCCAAUCAAGCAAAUUGCACACGUUCACAGAUCAGUCCCCUGAACUCGGCUGAUAUUUGUCUCUGAACAUCCAUUUAUGAAUUCCUGAGAUAUCAGAUCAUCAGACUUCCUACCUCUUAGUGAUAAAGUGAGUGAAUCCUUGGAUCUGUCCCAAAAUCAAACCUUCUCAGUCGUCGCCCGUUUCUCAUCCUUUCACCAAGUUUAGUUUUUUUUACACAAUCCUGCUGAAAACCAAACGGAUGAAUCAAUAACCUCGGAGGUGAAUCUGUCCUGCAGUGGUUUGGCUUAGUGUGUGUUUCUGUUACAUUAUUUUGAGUUGAAGUGUUGGUUCAGAACCAGCGACACAUUCCAUUGUGAUCCACGUGACCUUGAGUUCUCAGAUUUCUUGCCUUUAUCAGAAUGUCGGUGUCUCAUUGAACUUCGAUCCGAAACCACUUGUGCUGGUUUUGUUUCCAGACUCUUUGACGCCUUAAGACUCUUUUGAUCGCAAAAGAUAAUCACGAUAAACUUUCUGGUUCUGUUCUCCUGCCACUCAGAACCCCCCCUCAGAUCAUCGGGGGGGGAAGUCCAGGGUCGUUAGGAUCAUUCAUGCCGUUGUAUUUUUGUAAUUUUUCUCGACAACUCAGGCUUGAGCUGAGUGGAAAUACUUGAAUAUUUUUUAUUGUGACUCUGUUGGAUUUAAUGUUUAGAAAUUUUAAGCUCUUUUUUUCUCCCUGAAUAUGUUUGUUUCUUUACCUGUUGAAUUUUUUCCUGUUGUUAUUCUGAUAUUUAAAACAUUUUAAUUAAGUUUGCAGAAGAACGCUCAGUGAAAUUAUUAUAAUUUAUUUUCCAGCCUCUACAAAAACAUUUAAAUAUGUAAAUACUUAGAGACGUGACAGGUUGAUUUAAGGGUUUGAAACAUGCUGGUCUAUUUUUCUAAUAACAUACAACAUUAAUUGACAGUUUAUGAAAUAGUUUUAAUAAACACAAUGAUAAUGGUGUCGGUCAUGAUAAUAAUUAAUUACUGUCAAUAUUAUAAUGUAAUUCAUAAAAGUAUCAGACUGUACAGAACCUGCUCUUAUUCAGUUUUUCUGUUAUGUUUUUUUAAUGAAAAAUAUUUCAAUAAAUGAUUAUGAUUCUAAUUUCA